UGACCAAAGAAAAACAAAUUCAACAUGGAUGAUUAGUGUUUCAAUCUCUUCCCCGAGUAUCAUCCAUGCAUAGAACCAAAUCCAACCUCAUUUCCUACUACUUUUCACUUCUUCAUUCUUCCCCUCACCUUUCACAUCUCCGCCACCUCCAUGCUCGCUUGCUUCGUACCUCUCUUUACAACAAUGUCAUCCUAACUACCAAGCUCGUUUUGAUGUACUCUAAACACCACCAACUCCAUUCUCACUCUCUCUCCCUCUUCUUUCACAUGCCCCACAGGAACAUCUUCUCUUGGAAUAUAAUUCUCCGCGAGUUUUCUCGCUCUAAUUUCCCCCACAAAUCCCUUCAAUUGUUUCACCAUAUGUGGGAACAAUCAAAUGUUCGACCCGAUGACUUCACUCUCCCGCUUGUUUUAAGAGCAUGUGCCAUUUUAGGAGACCUAAAACUCGGCCUUUCGGUUCAUGGGUUGUGUCACAAAUUGGGUUUCGAAAGGAGUUUGUUUGUUGCUUCUGCUUUGGUCUUUUUCUAUGUUACUUUUGGGAGGAUUUUUUACGCGAGAGAAGUGUUCGAUGAAAUGCCUGAUAAAGAUUCGGUUCUUUGGACUGCCAUGUUGGCUGGGUAUGCUCAACAUGCGGAACCCAUUUUGGCUUUACAAGUUUUCCGGGAGAUGGUUGGUUCAGAAGUUGAGCUCGAUGACGUGGUUAUGGUGAGCUUGCUUCUGGCGUGUACUCAAUCGGGAUGGUUGAAACAUGGGAAGAGUGUUCAUGCUUGGUGUUUGAGGAGGUUCUCUUUAGGAUUGGGAUUGAAUUUAGGCAAUGCUGUGAUUGAUAUGUAUGUAAAAUGUUCGAAAUUAUGUUAUGGGAAUAUAGUUUUUGAUAAUAUGGAUGAAAAAGAUGUGAUUUCUUGGAGCUCUUUGAUUUUGGGGUACGGAUUGAGUGGAAGUGUAAAUAUUGCUUUGGAGCUCUUUCAUCGGAUGCUUGAGGAAGGGUUUAAACCCAAUGGUGUUACAUUUCUUGGUGUUCUGUCUGCGUGUGCUCAUGGUGGUUUGGUGGAGAGAGCGCGUUUGUAUUUCAAAAUGAUGGAAGAUUUAGAUGUGAAGGCAGACUUGAAACACUAUGCCAGUAUGGUUGAUUGCUUAGCAAGGGCGGGGCUUUUGAAGGAGGCUGAAAGGUUUAUUGAAGAAAUGCCGGUGGAACCUGAUGCAGUUUUGCUUGGUGCUAUUCUUGGUGGGUGUCGAGUUCAUAAUGAUAUUGUGAUUGGAGAACGCAUUGCCAGGAAAUUAAUAAGGUUGCAGCCAGAGAAAGCUGGAUAUUACAUACUCUUAUCAAACAUGUAUGCAGCCGCGGGGAGAUUUGAUGAGGCUGAGAAAGUGAGGAUCGUGAUGAAAGAAAGAAAUGUCUCUAAGGCGCCUGGUUGUAGUUUGAUUGAAUCAAAAAAUAGUUUCGUUUUUCCCACAAGAUAG